AUAAUAUCAUUGCUUUGUCGUCAAAAUAAACAGUGCCUUAUUUUCAUAAUCGGAUUUAAGUAUGUCCGACGAAAUAAUAGCAGGGAAUUGUUUUUUAAUAAACGCGGACGCCGAUACGGAACAGAGUUCUAAAAGCGCGGAGGACAGCCAUUUCGACGAUAUUAUUGGUCAUAUAGAAGACAUUCUUUUAGAAGACGAGUUCAAUAUCAUUCAAAAAAAAUUUUUGGAAGAUUAUUGGAACAUUUUCGAACCCGUGGAAGAAAAUAAAUUAAUUUACACAGAUAUAUUCAACAAAUAUAACAAAGCGGUGGAAGAUUAUAUCGUUAACUAUUUACAAAAAGUCAUACCACAUUUCAAUAUAAACACAUUCUUACAAAUUUUAAGUAACAGACGAAGUGAAUUGGAAGGUGAAGUUUUCGAAGUAUUAUCAACGUUCACAGACUUUGUAGCCUUUAAAGAAAUGUUCCUCGAUUACAGAGCUGUGAAGGAAGGAAGGGUUCAAGAUCUCAGCUCUGGAAUAUUUGUCACGUGUCUUAAGUCGUAAAAUAUGAAGAACAACGGGUUUCCUAGAUGAAAGCAUGUUUCUGGAUAUAUCGGAGAAAUAAAUUAUAUUACAU